AUGGCGCCCAAGGCAAAAAUCAUCAUUGACACCGAUCCGGGCAUCGAUGACAUUCUCGCCAUGCUGCUCGCCUUCGCGUCGAGCCCGGAAGAAAUAGAAGUGCUACUGAUCUCAUUGACCUUUGGCAACAUUGAAGUGCAGAGGUAUACCCUUUCCCCUAUCUUCUAUAUCAUAGCUAAUGAUCACAGCUGCCUACGCAAUGUUAUCUCCAUGCUGCACAUCAUCGAACGCGAGACCCAAUGGCGCAAAGAACAGGGGAAGCCCGAAGGUUUCGAUGCGCUGCGAGCGCGCAAGCCCAUUGUUGCUGUCGGCGCGCAGGAGCCGCUGGAUGAUCAGAAGAUGCUUGCAGAUUACUUCCACGGCAAGGAUGGUCUUGGAGGCAUUCAUUUCAGCCAUCCUCAUCUCACACCUGGUGAAUCGUGGGAGCAUCUCUUCGCGCCCAUGUCUGACCCCGACGUUCUCCCCAACGUCGCACCUUCGAGUACUUCUCACCAAUCCUUCAUCCCGUCCAGACGCCACGCCUCAGACGAGAUCCUGCACGUCCUGAGCGAAAACGAGCCGGACACCAUCACCAUCGUCGCCGUCGGACCAUUAACAAACCUCGCAUUGGCAGCAGCAAAGGACCCAGAGACGUUUCUGCGGGUAAAAGAAGUAGUCGUGAUGGGCGGUGCAAUCAAUGAAGCCGGAAAUGUCACCCCCGUCGGCGAAUUCAACGCCUACGCCGAUUCCGUCGCCGCUGCACGCGUCUUCGCGCUGACCUCACCUAACCCACAAAGCACAAUCCCAGUCAGCACGAAACUGCGUGCAUACCCAUCACAACUCAGCAAGCCACUCACCCUCAAACUCUUCCCGCUCGACAUCACGCUGAAACACAACCUCACGCGCGGCGACUUUGACCGGACGAUCACGCCGCUUUUACAAGCCGGCAGUCCGCUGGCCGAGUGGGUGUCGGCGUUUAUGGCACAUGUCUUUCAGACUCUCGAGCGGCUGCAUCAGGGACAUGAGGGAGCCUCGGCGAGUUUGUCGCUGCAUGAUCCUGUUUGUGUGUGGUAUGCAUUGACUGCGGAGGACACCCGUUGGAAGCCUACGGUCACGUCGCCAGAGGAUAUCCGGAUUGAGACCGUGGGCCAUUGGACUAGAGGCAUGUGUGUUGUCGACCGGAGGAAUAGACACAAGGUCGACAGCGAGGUAGAGAGCCAUAGUGAUCAUGGCCUAUGGCUGAGCUCGAGGGCUGGGAAUAGAGUGAUCCGUAUGGAAGAGUCGCCGGGAGGAGACGCAUUUGGUAUGGUGUUGUUGAAAAAGCUGUUUGAGUAG